CGGAAGGCGAUUUGCGCAGGCGCGGCGUUGACAGCCGCACUCUACCUGAUCCGCAGAUAGUGUUUAUAAUAAUGGCGUGGAAAUCCGGAGGAGCGAGCCACGCAGAGCUCGUCAACAACCUCCGCAAAAAUGGGAUCAUUAAAUCGGACCGUGUAUAUGAAGUUAUGUUGGCUACAGAUCGUGCCCAUUUCUCCAGAUGUAAUCCAUAUAUGGACUCGCCACAAUCUUUAGGUUACCAAGCAACAAUCAGUGCACCACAUAUGCAUGCAUACGCGCUGGAGCUUCUGCAUGAUCACCUGUACGAGGGAGCAAAGGCUCUGGAUGUGGGAUCAGGCUCUGGAAUCCUGUCCGUCUGCUUUGCCAGAAUGGUUGGUCCGAAAGGGAAGGUGAUUGGCAUUGAUCAUAUAAAGGAACUAGUGGAUGACUCCAUAACUAAUGUAAAGAAAGACGACCCUAGUUUGAUCUCUUCAGGGAGGAUCAAAGUCAUUGUUGGAGAUGGAAGAAUGGGCUAUACUGAGGAAGCACCUUAUGACGCCAUACAUGUUGGAGCUGCAGCUCCUAAUGUUCCACAAGCAUUGUUGGACCAGCUUAAGCCAGGUGGGCGUCUGAUUCUGCCAGUCGGGCCAGCAGGAGGAAACCAGAUGUUGGAGCAGUAUGACAAACUGGAGGAUGGCAGUACCAAAAUGAAGCCACUGAUGGGCGUGAUUUACGUGCCUUUAACAGACAAAGACAAGCAGUGGUCCAGGGAUGAACUUUGAAAGGAUGAUCUGGCAAUACUCCUCACACCAGGAGACACACACACACACACACAUACAUACAUCUGGACUUCAAAAAGGGGAGGUAUUUCCAUACCUGUGACAGUCUGACUGUUGUGAAAGAUGGAUGUAGAGAACAGUUUUUUUUUAUGUAACAAGGAAAAAUGUGGAGUAGGGCUUUGUGUUGACUUUUUUACGGCUGCAGUUUGAGAAUUGUGUGAAUGCAGUGUUUUGUUUUGUUUUUGGAUGCGCAGGUGCACAUUUCUUGUGAUGACUUCAAUAUUAUAGUCAAUUGGAUUGUUUUCUUCAUGCAUCUCCGCUUAUUGUAAACUGAAUAUGCGGGUUGGCUGUUGUGCUGAAUUCAGCCUGUUAUUAAAGCAUAAUUACUACUGUUCAUAAGGUGUAGAGCUCUCUUUGCUCUACAUAUCAACAUUAACCGUAAUGGCUUGUGUUUUUAGCGAAAGCAUGCGCUGCCCAGGCAGAAAAAAAAGAGAGUUCUAAAGCAAUAAGCCAUGAGAGGCCAUGCGUUAAAAUGAUCUUACCAUUGUAAUGCAGUGUUCUUAGGCACAGUGUGAAUAGAACCUCAUUAAUCAAAGUCAGUGUUGGGUAAAUUACUAAAAAAAAAAAAGUAAUCCACUACAAAUCUAAAACUAAUCUGAUUACUGAUUACAGAGAAGUUUUUGUUUUUCCACUCAACGAAUUUCAAAUGUAUUGUUCCUCAUACAUUGUCGCAUGCGAGUCAUACACUCCACUAAUUUAUACCACACCACACAUUUCUCUUUUUUUAGGGGCGCACGUCCUUCAGCUGUCGCAGAACUGCAAACAGACAAAAACAUUUAAAGGUAUUCUACAUAACAUGUAACCCAAGGAACGUAAGUAAAAUAACUUAAUUGAAAGUGAGUGAAUGUAAUUUGAUUACAAGAAUUUCAAAUGUAAUUUUUACACUACUUGUUGACUUAAAAAUCAAUAGUCAAUCAACAGAUUACACCCAACACUGAUCAUGGUAAAAUCGCACAUCCUCGAAUGGCUUAGAAAUGACAAUGAUGCAGUCCGCUGGUAGCAUAAAAAAGCCUGACAGGUUGAUCGUGACCAGGGUCUUGUUGAUACCUGAAGGGGUUUAUUUUGCACUAAAGUCAGGCUGACUGCACAAUAUUCUGCUUAUUACAUUUAUUAACCAAAUAAAUGCAUACAUGGACGUGAAAUAUUGAUUUGGGUUCAAUUGUUAUGUGACUAGAAAGAGUGCAGAUUGAUAUGAGAGCCAUCAAAGUAGAACAGCUAUAUAGGGAAACACUUGCCUGUUUUCAACAGUCAAUUUUAUAUACAAAUAUUUGACCGCAAAAUGGAAUUAUUGACCAAUCCGAAUCAAGUAUUCUAGAGAUAUGACAUGACUAUUCUAGUCAUUUAAUAAUUGCUUUUAGAAAAUGGCAGCAACAGCAAUAUGAUUGAAGACACUAAUGUUGAAAUAAUAGUUAUAAAUAAUUGAAAUAAACUAUUCUUGCACCAAGUAACAUUAACUGUAGGCUGUUUACAGUUGCCAAGCAACAAAGCAAUGUGGUGCAUUACUAUAGAAUGUGCGGUCACAGGCGAGUGUUUAUCUGUAUUUUUACAGUAUCCCUGAAUGCAACUUAUCCAAACAGACAUCAGACAUAUCUGCUUAAUUUGAAAUUUAAGAACACUUUAAAACACCAUUAAAACAGAGCUGGGUCUACAUAUGGAGCACAAGUUUUGCAAUUGUUCACUUUACUUAAAGAUCAGAAUAAGCUGUAUACCAAUAUCCAUCUCUCACUUACAUGUGCAGCAGAUAUCUGGGACACUGGACUCAGCUAAAGCUUCACAAUGGUCAUUUUGAUUGUCAGUGGUUUUCAUUGAUACGUCUCUGAAUGUUUGUGUGUUUGCUGCCCACACAAAUAUGGCUUUGAAUGAAUAAACAUGGCUAAGCACUGAAUUUUUUCACUUGUCUUUUCUGUCACAUAAUCUGAUAAUCUGAAUUGAUGAUCAUUCAUUUAUGCUUACAAAAAAUUAUAGCCUACCACUUAGAGGUAGACCGAUACUUCGGUUUUACCGAUUAAUCGGUGCUGACAGUUGGUUGUAUGCAAAAAUCUAUGCCGAUAGUUGCUGAUAGUUUUUCCUCCACGUUCAGUUGAUAAUUACGUUUUUUUUCCCCUCCCCUUUUUCUCCUCAAUUUGGAAUGCCCAAUUCCCAAUGCACUCUAAGUCCUUGUGUUGGCGACUCGCCUUGAUCCAGGAGGUUGAGGACGACUCUCAGUUGCCUCCGCGUCUGAGACCGUCAAACCGCACAUCUUAUCAUGUGGCUUGUUGAGCGUGUUACCGUGGAGACAUAGCGCAUGUGGAGGCUUCACGCUAUUCUCCACGGCAUCCACGCACAACUCACCACGCACCCCACCGAGAGCGUGAACCACACAUUAUAGCGACCAGGAGGAGGUUACCCCAUGUGACUCUACCUUCCCUAGCAACCGGGCCAAUUUGGUUGCUUAGUAGACCUGGCUGGAGUCACUCAGCAUGCCCUGGAUUUGAACUCGCAACUACAGGGGUGUUAGUCAGCAUCUUUACUCGCUGAGCUACCCAGGCUCCUGAUAAUUACUUUUUUAAAUUUAAGCGAGGGCAUGCACAGAAAAAAAUUUAAUUUGACGAAGGGAAACAUCCCUCGUCACCACAUGCAUCAUGUCUCAAAUACAUUGUGAAUAGUAACAAUAAUAUAUAGGCUAUUAAAAGCUUAAUUUGGUAAAAAUAAAACAUAGAGCAUUGUAAUGAAGUCUCCGUCAUUUCAAAAUAUGAGUCACCAGUGUGUAUUUCAGGAUUGUUUAGUGUUAAAAGUCCCAUGAAAUGUACCCAAUCUUUUUUUUAUUAUUAUUAUUAUUGGUUGAAAAAUAAACUACAUGGGUAAAAUAGGAUUUUUUUCAUUUUGUACUCUGACUAUGCCGACUACGAAAAUGUAACUUUCUAUGCAUCAAUUUUAAAAAACUAUUGUCGACCAAUAACUAACGUUAUUGGUCGACCUCUACUACCACUGCACUGAUCAGUGUUGUGCACGGACCUCAGCAGGGGUGAAAGGAUUAAAAAAAGAAAAAGGCAGUUUUUUUUUUUUUUUUUUUAGGUUUACUUACAUAACAAAUUUUGUUUGCAGUAUUCAAGCAUUUUCUGUUUGAUAUAUAAACCUUUUUGUUUUAAUUUUACAAAUAUUCUUUAAUUGCUUCCCAGCUCUUUCUUACUGACAAAUAUGUAAAAUUUUAUAACAGCCUCAUAUGCUUGCAUCAAAGCCUUUUUAAAAAAAGUUCCUGUGUUCAAAUUUAAAAUGGGGUUUUGUUCAUUUAGUUGAAACUUUUAUUUGUUUCAUGUUGUUGCAGAUAUUUCUUUGGAAUUGCCCAACAUAUGAAUAGUAUGAAUCUGUAAUGUUUUAUACCGUAUACAUGUCAAAUGUGAGUUCUGUUGUUUUGAACUGGAAAAAUCAGAAGUACAAAAUAACCUUUAUUCAUACCAAUCAAAAUGUUAUCAUACUUAGUUAUUUUUUGUAUCUUUUGAACAUCUAUUCAUCUUUUAUUGUGGCUCUCUUAAAAAUGUUGUCCUGUCAUGUGUUCAACAGAUCCACUCCAUGUUCAAUAGAAAUUAUGAAUUGUUAAACAGUAA